AUGAACGAGAGAAACGUGUGCAUUGGCGACGUGAUGGCAGUAGGCGAUGAGCUGGUGCUGCAGGUCAGCCUGCCGCGCCAGCCAUGCUUCAAGCUGAACCACAGGUUUCAGCUUAAGAACUUUGCACCCAACACGUGGAAGACCAGUAGAACGGGCUGGUACUACCGCGUGCUGAAGGAGGGUACGGUCAAGGCGGGCGACGAGAUCCGUCUCAUUGAGAGGAAGCACCCAAAGUGGACGAUCGAGCGGAUACAGGAGUAUCUGCACCGCAACAAGGACAACUUGGCUAUGAAUGAGGAGCUGGCAGCAAUUCAGGAGUUCGGCGUCGAGAGCAAGGGGGCUUUUGAGAGCCGGGUUGCAAAGGCAAAGUCCAAGAAGGACAAGAAACCGAAAGAGGAACAGAAGUGGCGCGACUUCAAAUUAGUGGAGAAGAGGAAACAGACGCCACGGAUCAUGACCCUUGUCUUGGAGGCGGUGGACAAGGUUGAGGAAGAUGAGUCAGUUCUCGGAGCACAUGCUAAAAUCAAGCUUGGAAAUGGCCUAGUUCGAGCCUAUUCUAUUGUUGGUGGCAACCAGAACCGGCUCGAGUUCGGUAUUGCCUUGGAUGAUAAGAGCAGAGGUGGCUCCAAGUAUCUCCAUGAAACUGUCAAGGUGGAUGACAUCCUGCAGGUUGGGCGUAUCACCAACGCGGUAGACGUGGUCGGUGCCGCCAGCAAUCACCUGUUCAUUGUUGGCGGUAUCGGGAUCACGGCAUUCUUGGGUAUAAUGGAGGCGUUACAGGGAAUCAAUUACAGUGUCGAGCUACACUAUGCGGUGCGAUCGGAAGAUGAAAGGCCGUACAAGGAGCGCCUGGACAAAUUAGGAGACAGCGUAAGGCUCUAUGACAAACAGAAAGGUCAACGAAUGGACGUUGGCAACGUGAUCAAAAAUAUGACGUGGAACUCGGCCAUCUAUGUGUGUGGCCCCAAGUCCUUGAUGGACACGGCUCUCCGGGAGGUGAAAGCUGCUGGUAUUGAUGAGAAAGAAGUACACUUUGAGGCGUUCGAAGCAGACAUAUCUGGUGACCCGUUCGAGGCUGUCGUCGCGAAUCGGAAUGUUACAGUCAAAGUUGGAGAAGAAGAAACACUGCUUGAAGUCUUACAAAAGCAAUUUGACGAUAUACCGUCAUCUUGCGAGGUCGGUAACUGCGGGACGUCGUUAGGCAUGGAUGCAUACUGGCCAGUAUACAAAUGUAAUCCCAAGCCUUAG